UUAAGGAUCAAAGGGCGGGGGUGUGCUUUAUGACUUUCAAACCAUCAGAUUACGGAUGAAGAUGAAGGGAACCGUGAGUGAUGCGUGCCACUCUGUUAAGGUGGUAGAAGGAAGUGCGGCUUUCCAAGACGUGAUUGAUAACCAUAUUUAUGAGCAAACUCUGACGCAGAAGAGUGCCUUCUUUGUAGCAGACCUCGGGGUUGUUUUGUGGCAGCAUGUUCGGUGGAGAACUCACAUGGACUGGAUCCGACCUUUCUACCCGGUCAAAAGCAACAGCAGCCCCGUGAUAAUUGAGCUCUUGGCAGCUCUAGGAACUGGUUUUAUUUGUGCCAGUAAGCGUGAACUCGAAUUGGUGAGAGGUCUUGGUGUCUCAUCUAAGGACAUCAUUCUUAGCAGUCUGUGUAAGCAGCUCUCCCAAAUCAAGUAUGCAGCAAAAAAUGGCAUUGACCUGCUGGUGUGUGACAAUGAGGUCGAGUUGCGUAAGAUUGCUCGCAGCCACCCCGGAGCAAAGUUACUAUUGCAGGUUGCUGUGAUGACUGGUUGCCAGGAAGAGGAGGAGACAGCUAUGUCAUUGGGUUGCUCUCUGAAGGACUGCAGACACUUGCUGGAGUGUGCUAAGGAGCUUAGUCUGCAGGUGUCAGGAGUCAAGUUUCAAAUCCCCCGCCACUGUCAGGACCCUGAGGUGUACACUCAUGCUGUUUCAGAUGCCCGUUGUGUUUUCGACAUGGGAGAGGAGUUAGGUUUUCAAAUGCACAUUCUGGACAUAGGAGGAGGUUUUGGUGACACAGAAGAUAUGUUACAAAAGGCAAAGAGGGCCGUGAAACCUAUCCUGGAUGUGUAUUUCCCUCCUUCUACUGGUGUGUCAGUCAUUGCAGAGCCAGGAGCCUACUAUGUUUCUGCAGCCUUCACGCUGGCCGUGAACAUAAUCACAAAGAAGAUGGUAGCCCGUGAUUGCAGCAAUGACUCACAGGAUAGAGUAUCUGCAGAUGAUGAGCCUGAGUUCCAGUACUACAUGAAUGACGGGGUUUAUGGCUCUUUUGCAUACAAGCUGUUGGAAGAUUCUAUCCCAGCUCCAUCUGUGCACAAGGGGGCCAUGUAUCUGCAGGUGGUGUCUGCAGAGGAGCCUCUGUUCUCCAGCAGCCUAUGGGGGCCCUCUAGUGAUGGGCUGGAUCGGGUUGUGGAGCACUGUCUGCUACCUGAACUCAGUGUAGGAGACUGGCUCCUGUUCAGCAAUGCUGGGGCCAAUAGCCUGGGAACCUUAUCCUGCCAUGGAGAAGAGCAUAUACCGCACAUCUACUACACAAUCUCUGCAGGCGAUUGGUACGAGAUCCAGAAUUCUGGCAUCAUCUUAGACACCACCAUGAAAAGCAUCUCCCUGGUCCAUUGUCUUCCAUCUACCUUGCCAAAGGAUUCAGUUUCCUCUCCAGCUUAGCAUAAGUCCCUGCCCAGGGCUGGAAUUCCCUGGUAUUUAAGUCUCUGUAAUUGUUAUUAUAAAGGCAGACAGACAGGCAUUGAAUGAUCCUCCAGCCAAGAAUAUGAUGAGGAAAUUAGGAUGAGAAGACCAAAAGGACAGCAGGUUUAUAUCAGAUGCUGUCAUUGAUGAAAGGUGUAUCUGAACAACCUGUCUACUCAGAAAUAAAGUAUGCAGCAAAAAAAAUGAGAGACUUGGUCUAGAUGGGACCUCGGUUAUAGUGUCUGUAAUUUCCGUUUACACACAUGGUCAAUCUAUUUAAUUUUUUUAACAAUAUAAAAUAUCUCCAUAAUAUAUCUGUAUACGUACACAGAUGAUCUUAGUCAGUUAUCUGCCCAACAUGGGUCAACUAUUUAUUGAAACUAAGUUGGUGUUCAUGAAAUGUUAGGGUGUUUUGCAUACAAAUAUAUAAUUGUUGUAUGACAUUAUUCUGUCCUGAAUAAUCUACAUCAUACAUACAUAAAUAAUUAUAUUGGCAUCUAAUCAUACCACAAACAGGCAUGCUUAUUCAGAAGUCCUAGAAAUGCUGGACUCAUGGCAGCAUGAACAGGACCUUAAACUCUUCUUUCAGGUGGUAAUUUUAUUUUAUACAUGUCUUAAAGGCAAUUCUUGUAUUUGAAUGGUUUUGUGAUAUUGUCUCGCAUCUCUGAGUAGACUUGUUAUGAAUAUUUCAAAAGAGUGUUCAGCUGGUGAAUAUAUUUAACGCGAAUUUUAUGUUAAUAGUGGCCUCCAGGAGACCACCCCACCCACCAGAGUUUGUUUCCAAAUAUGCUUGCUAAAUGUGUUGAGCACACAAAAUAACUGCCCUGUUGCAAGCAGAGACUAUGACUCUCCAGUGCUCUGAAGUCGCCGUGUUGACAGGUGAUUCAGCACUGUGUUGGAUGCCUGGUUGUACUGAAUAGUACCAGGGCUCAUGGAAUGUGUUUUGGAUGGUUUUGUGAAAGUGUGGAUGGUUUGAGGGGGCUGUUUUUUUAGAAAGGUAUGAAUUGUAAGUUCUACAAAUCUGUCUAUGACUGAUGGAAGUGUGUUUUGUAAAAAGGCUUCAAGACAAAACGAGUGGUGUUAAAUGUCAGAUGUUUCACAUCAGUAUACAUUUUUACACCGGUAUGGGAAAAUAUGCACAUGAAGUUCAGGCAUCAGCAACAGGUAAUGGCCUUUGUUGUGCU